CAUCAAGGGUCAAGCCUGAUAGCUCACUAUCUCUCGGUUGUCUGCAAAGGAAUCUUCAUGGUGAACGAUCAGAAACAAUACGUGGAAAUGUGGGAAGAAUCGGAUCAGGGGGAACAGACCGAAGAAAACCAGCAAUACUUUGAAGACCCGCAAUGCACAGCCGACUCACCUCAAGUUUUGACCUUUCCAGAUAUAACAUCAGCUGCUUUUAAAAUCAAAACAGGAAUCAUUCGCACGCCAUGCGUUAAAUCACAUCUGUCAGCUAUAACUGGUAUGGACAUUUACUUGAAAAAAGAUUUCUUACAGUUCACCGGGAGCUUCAAGGAAAGAGGUGCUUGCUACGCAUUAAUGAUGCUGUCAGAGGAACAACGAAAAUACGGCGUAAUUUCAGCCUCCUUGGGGAACCACGCACUAGCGCUAUCCUACCAUGGGCAUCGGCUUGGCGUACACGUGACUGUAGUAAUGCCCAUUAUUGCUCCCAUCAUGAAGAUUCAAUGCUGCAAACAACAUGGCGCAGAAGUGAUUGUCAAAGGUAACGAUAUGAAAGAAGCAAAGGCUCAUGCUAUGAAUCUUGCACAAAAAAAAGGCUUUACUUACAUCAAUGGUUAUGACCAUCCCCACAUCAUUUCAGGGCAAGGAACAUUAGGUCUUGAAAUUGUAGAACAGGUGGAAGAUAUUGAUGCAGUCGUUGUUCCAGUGGGAGGUGGAGGGUUAAUAGCUGGAGUUGCUUUGGCUGUAAAAUCACUUCAUCCAAACAUUAAAGUCAUUGGUGUAGAAUCUGAAAGAUGUAGCAGUUUUAGUCAGGCAUUGGAAGCUGGGAAGCCAGUACCCAUUACCAUACAGUCUACAUUAGCAGAUGGUCUGGCAGUUCCAAUGGUUGGAUAUAAUGCAUUUGUAACAGCUGCACCCCUGAUAGACAAGAUGGUUCUGGUGAAAGAAGAAUGGUUAGCAAUUGCAAUCCUUCGUUUGGUAGAGCUGGAAAAGUGUGUUGUUGAAGGAGCAGGUGCUGCAGGUUUAGCAGCUAUUCUGGCAGGUCAAUUAAAUGAAUUAAAAGGAAAAAAAGUUGUUAUUCCUUUAUGUGGUGGUAAUAUUGAUACAACCAUUCUGGGAAGAUGUUUAGAGCGUGGUUUAGCAGUAGAUGGACGUCUAGUGAAAUUUUCAGUGACAGUAAGUGAUAGACCAGGUGGAAUAGCAGACCUCUGUAAGCUAGUAAAUAAAACAGGGGUGUCAAUAAAAGACAUAAUACAUGAAAGAGCCUGGAUUGCAUCAGAUGUAUUUAGUGUUCAGGUGACAGUGGUAUGUGAAACCAUGGACAAAGAACAUGCUAACAAGCUUCGACAAGUAUUGAACAAGAAUUAUACUAGAGUUGUGUUUGGGGAUACUAUUAACCCUAUUGUAAAUGAUUUCUGAAACUAAUACAACCAUUUUAAUAUGUUUUUAUAUCUAUAAGGAAAUCUCAUAUUGAUUACUAAAUAUAUAAGUGAGAAAACCUUCGAUUCAUUAUGAGUUGUGAUAAUAAUGUACAAAUAUAUAUAAUAUUAUAAUAAGGUUAGAGAUAUUUUUUUAAAGUUAUCCCUUAUAUUUCAUAAUUUACUCCAAUAAAAUAAGUGGUAUGGGUUACUUACUAACUUUAUAAAUAAAAUUAAAUUAAUGCAGCUUUGUCAAAAAUAUAAUGUAUACAUCUAAAUCAGCACUUUAUUUUAUAUGGCUAAUUUGUAUGUACAAAAAUACAUAAUUUGUAGAUUAUAUGUAAUUGUCUUAUCAAUGUGAUGUGAUUCUUUUGUGAGUAAUUUUUAACAUUCUUAAGGCACUCUUUGAAAUUUGACAUAUUUAAAUUAAUGUAAAAAUAAAAGAGUUUCUCUCAAGUAUCUAUGAAAACUGAAUAUUUGACAAGCAGAUUAGCAUGACCACCAAACCUUAAUAUAAGCCUUUUAAUACCCAUGAUUGGGUUUUGUAUCUUAUCCACACCUACAUUCCUAGACCAGUUAAAUGAAGUGAAAAAGGAAAUCUCGCAUUCAAAGAUAUAAA